AUGGAAGUAAUUGAGCUUGAAAACGUUGUAAUUGGAAACUCCGUAAUAAUUAGUGGACUGACCGACACAGAAAUUGACGAAGAUCUAACUGACUUCCUGAACAAAUAUGGUCGCAUCCAUAGACACCUUACCAUAGACGAUCCCAAAUCGCCUUACCAUAAAGAAGUCAUCGUAGAGUAUGGCAGUUGUUCUGCAAUAGUUGCUCUCAAACCCAUGUUGCCCUACACUUUCAAGAGUCCACACAACGUUGCUUACCACAUAAAGCUUUUAUCAAAUGUCUAUACGUCAGCAGUAACGGAGAGUGCCACAACCCAUUAUUUUGCUGAAUUGAAGAGGAUAGCAAAGCUCAGUGGCAGAACUUUCGACGAUCUCUUGAAAGAGCAGCUUCUUGCAAGCGUGACUGAUGUUGCUGAUAAUCCGGCUGAUGCCAAUGAUCUGGAGUCAUCUCUAAUGACUGGUUAUUCUUCCUCUGACAUUCCGCUUCCAACCAAGCGAACUGAGCAUUCAGAUGAGAGACGAAACUCAGAUACAGUCCAAAGAGCUAGUACAGGAAGUUUUUCACCCACACUUGAGACAAAAGAUGUGAACCCACCUGAAGUCCAAAGGAUGAUCAUUGGACAUAUUGUAAAAAGUGAUGGUGCUUCAACCUCAAGUGCGUCAUUCAGGCUAAGAGUGUUCUCAGGCAAAGUUCCCCGACCUGUUGGCGAAGUUGAUUAUGACACCUGGCGGAACAGUGUGGAGUUAAUUCUCCAAGAUUCUUCACUGUCUGACUUACAUCGUUCCAGGAAGAUCUUAGACAGCCUGCUGCCGCCAGCGUCAGAGAUUGUUAAGCAGUUAGGUGCAAAAGCUUUACCUGCUGCUUACCUUGAUGUCCUAGAUUCUGUAGAAGAUGGUGAUGAUCUCUUUGCUAAGUUUCUGAACACGCUGCAGAAUGCAGGGGAAAAACCUUCUUUGUACUUGCAACAAUUGUACACCAACCUUCUCAAAGUGAUGAAAAGAGGCGGUAUUCCUGUUGAUGAAGCUGACCGACAGCUCCUGAAACAAUUCUGUCGGGGCUGUUGGGAUGACACGCUAAUAGCCAACCUUCAGCUUGAACAUAAAAGGAACAAACCACCUCCAUUUCCUGAGCUACUUCUGCAGUUGCGCAGUGAAGAAAACAAAUACUUCACAAAAGAAAGUCGCAUGAAGCAGCACUUAGGAGUGCAGAGACAAAGAGCCAGUUCCCAUGUCGUCACUGCUAAUCAUCUUGAUCUGGACCACAAUGAAGUGUCAGAACAUACAGAAGUGGCCGAAUUAAAGAAACAAAUCGCUAAGCUUCAGAGCCAGCUUGCUAAGCAGAAGAGCAAACCGACAAGACAAAGUGAAUUGCCAUCAAAUGAUGCUGUUCUUGAACUAAAGCAGCAAGUUUCAGAGCUCCAGAGCCAGAUGACAAAGCUUAGAUCAGUAUGGUCCAAGUGCCUCAGGAACUUUAAACGCCGCCCAGCCCUGGUAGCGAGACGUACGAGGGCUGUCACUUGUCAGAAUAGUCUCAAGAAACCAGUGAACAUCAGCAACUUGAAGUCCCAUGGUAAAAACCGUCUAGUUGGUCUACCCAAAGGAUUAAUUGGUACAAAAUGCACUGCUCAAGUGAACAUUGAGGGAAAACAUUGUCCUUGUCUGCUUGACACAGGGUCGCAAGUGACCACCAUUUCCCAUUCGUUUUAUGAGCAGAAUUUGCCUGGACUAAGCAUAACUUCUCUAGACAACCUGCUGGAAAUAGAAGCAGCCAAUGGUCAAGCAGUACCCUACCUGGGGUUUGUUGAAGUAAAAAUUGCAUUCCCCAGAGACUUUCUUGGAUCUGACGUUAAAGUGUCUACUCUCGCCCUGGUUAUUCCAGAAACCGGAGGCACUGCUCAACCGAAGGUGCUAAUAGGGACGAACACCUUGGAUCUCGCAUAUGACAAACAUCUUGAAACAAAUGAUUCAGUCUGUCGAGCCGUUCCAUUUGGUUACCAAGCUGUAAUCCAGACCAUCGAGCACAGACGCCAGCAGAAAGUAGACAGCAGCAUAGGAAUCAUUAGGCUUCCCGAUGCUACCCCUACUAUUGUUCCUGCGGGUCAAAAUGUUGUUCUUGAAGGAGUGGUGAGUGUAAAGGGACAAGUAGCCGACAAAUGGGCUGUGAUGGAACCUCCUUCGUAUUCACCUUUUCCAGGAGGACUGCUAGUUGCCAGUUGUUUACUCAACCUACCUCAGCAUCCAUCGCAUAAAGUCCCAGUGGUGUUGAAGAACGAGACAGAGCAUGAUAUCAUCAUCCCUGGAAAAAGUGUGAUUGCAGAUAUUCAUGCACUGCAGAAAGUGAUGUCUGACAAUGUUGUGCAAGCUGAUUGUUCAGAGUCAAGUAUCCAUGCAAAAUCCACCGAAGAACUUUGCUUUGACUUUGGUGAUUCCAGUUUGCCAGAAGAGUGGAAAAGAAGAAUCACUCAGAAACUGCGCGCCAUGCCCGAGGUCUUUGCAUUGCACGACAUGGAUGUUGGACAAACGAGCAAAGUUAAACACACCAUCAAAUUACACGACGAAACCCCCUUCAAGCACAAAGCAAGACCGAUCCAUCCCAACGAUCUUGAAGCUGUCCGCAGACAUUUAGAAGAAUUACUAGAUGCCGGUAUCAUCCGUGAAUCAGAGUCAUCCUUCUCUUCCCCUAUUGUCGUAGUAAGGAAGAAGAACGGCGAUAUAAGACUUUGCAUCGACUACCGCAAGUUAAAUACACAGACAAUCAAGGAUGCAUAUGCCUUACCCAACUUGGAGGAAACCUUUUCAGCACUUCGAGGUUCAAAAUGGUUCUCGGUGCUUGAUCUAAAAUCUGGGUAUUACCAGAUCGAACUAGAAGAGAAAGACAAACCCAAGACCACUUUCGUAUGCCCAUUAGGUUUUUGGGAGUUUAAUAGGAUGCCCCAAGGUAUCACAAAUGCUCCCAGCACAUUCCAAAGGCUAAUGGAGAAGUGCAUGGGUGACAUCAACCUCUCAGAAGUCCUAGUGUUCUUGGACGAUUUGAUUGUCCUCUCAGAUACCCUAGAAGAGCACGAAAGAGCGUCUUCUUCAUGUUUUGGGACGUUUGAGAGAUUAUGGAUUAAAGCUUUCGUUGGAGAAGUGCAAGUUUUUCCAGACGUCAGUUAA